UCUGGCUUUUGAGUCCCUGGACCGUCAUGGCAGCAAGCUACACCCCUCCAUUUGAUGACCCGGGGGAAGUGAGAGAGGGCUUCCUGUGUCCCUUGUGUCUGAAGGAUCUGCAGUCAUUUUAUCAGCUUCAGUCUCAUUAUGAAGAAGAGCAUUCUAGUGAAGACAAAGAUGUCAAAGGACAACUCAGAAAUCUGGUCCAAAAAGCUAAAAAGGCGAAGAAUAAGCUUUUGAAACGAGAAGAUGACCGAAGUGAUGGGGUUCCUCAGGAGCGGUAUGAAUCUUACAGCUAUGGUGGAGUGGACCCAUACAUGUGGGAACCCCAGGAAUUAGGUGCUGCAAGGAGCCAUCUCUCUGACUUCAAGAAGCACAGAGCAGCCAGAAUUGAUCACUAUGUUGUGGAAGUCAAUAAAUUAAUAAUCAGGUUAGAGAAGCUGACUUCCUUCGACAGAACCAGCACCGAUUCAGCAAAGAUAAGAGCAAUAGAGAAGUCUGUCGUGCCUUGGGUCAAUGAUCAAGAUGUGCCAUUCUGUCCAGACUGUGGUACUAAGUUCUCCAUUAGGAACCGACGUCAUCACUGCCGCCUUUGUGGGUCUAUCAUGUGCAAGAAGUGCAUGGAACUUGUCAGCCUUCCCUUUGCGAAUAAGCUCACCACUGCCAGCAAGGAGGCCUUGGCCUCUCAUACAAGCCCAAACUGUUCACCCAACAGUGUUCACGGCUCUCGCCGCGGCAGCAUUAGUAGCGUGAGCAGUGUGAGCUCAGUCCUGGAUGAAAAGGAUGACGAUCGAAUCCGGUGCUGCAGGCACUGCAAAGAUACUCUGCUCAAAAGGGAGCAGCAGAUUGAUGAGAGGGAGUACACCCCAGACAUUGUGAAACUGUAUGAGAAACUCCGACUUUACAUGGAAAAAGUUGAUCAGAAGGCCCCGGAAUAUAUAAAGAUGGCAGAAUCAUUGAAUUCUGGGGAGACAACCUACAGUCUUGAAAAUGCUAAUGAUCUGAGGAUGGAGGUGCAAAAAAUGUAUGAGCUAAUAGAUGCUUUAAGCAAGAAAAUUCUAACUCUGGGCUUGAAUGAAGAGUCACAGCCUCACCCCAGAACAUUACAGCUUCAGAGAAUGAUCCGAUAUUCAGCAACACUUUUUGUGCAGGAAAAAUUGCUUGGUCUGAUGUCCUUACCAACCGAAGACCAAUAUCAAGAAUUAAAAGAGAAAAAGAAACAAGAGAUGGACAGAAAACUACAGAUGGAAAGACAGGCAGCAUUUGACUCACAGAGAAGACUGGAAGAGAGGCACGUCGAUUUUGUUUCCAGAUCCUUGGCAGCAUCCAAUGGAGAGAUUUCCCAGCCAAAAAGGGUUGCAGUGAAGAAAGCUGAAGGUUGGUUACCCACUGCCAGCAUAUCUCGCCAGCAGGAAUGUGUAGACCCGCUUCUUCAACAGAUUGAUAACAUCACGUCCUUCAUUAAGCAAGCAAAGGCAGCAAAUCGUCUCGAUGAAGUCCGGAUGUUGCAGGAGAACCUGCGGCAGCUACAGGACGAGUAUGAUCAACAACAAACCGAAAAAGCCAUCGAGCUCUCCAAAAGGCAGGCUGAGGUGGAGGAGAUGCAGAGGGAACAACUGCAGAUCCUUUGCGAAGAGGAAUGGGAGAGGGAGCAUAAAAAGAAAAUGUCUCAGCACUCAAGGACACGCUCCCUGGACUUCAGAGAAAUGAAGCACAAUAAGUUAGAGAUAGCACCAGAUAGCCUAAACCAAAUAGCACAUGCUUUGGAUCUAGAGACUACUGUGAGCCCAAGUAACCCAGGCUGUAAAGCAUCUUCUCCAAGUAGAAGUGACCAGCUGCCAUCUGUUGAGAGCCCAGCCUUCUCUGGCCAGCCUUCAGAAGCCCAAGAACACAGCAGAGCAACUGAGCAAAAUAAGACUGUUGCACUAAACCCCUUUGAAGAGGAGGUAGAUAUUGGCACUUUAAGGGAGAAACCCAAUAACCCGUUUGCUAAAGACUCUUCCCCUGUGGCUUCCUUGCCCACAAAAUCCUCAAAUAGUGGCUUAAAAGAAUAUAAUCCAUUUGACGAAGAGGAGGACUGUCAGCAAGCAAACGGAGUGGCUGUCAGUACUCCAAACCCCUUCGAAGAGGGUCUGGGAAAUUCACUUCACAUGGCUGUAGGUAAGGAAUCUGGGAAUCCAUUUAAGUCGUCCUCUCCCUCCACAAAUCCUUUUGAAGUUGAUGACAAUGAUGAUCAUAAUAAUGAAGUGUUGAGUGAAGACAUCAUAGAGGAGGAAUUACUUCUCCAGCAGAUAGACAAUAUCAAAGCUUACAUUUUUGAUGCCAAACACAGUGGACGGAUGGAUGAGGUAGAAGUGCUGACCGAGAAUUUAAAAGAACUGAAGCGCACAUUAGCAAAACAGAAGGAGAAAUCCAGCUGCUGAAUCAGUGGCUACAUCUACGCGCACACCUGGACAGUCCCUAAUUGGUCCCCGAGGCCAGGCAGAUGGGAUUAAA